CUCAACACUCGAUAUCAACCACGGCCAACUUUGCAGCACAUCAUCAGAUCAACCAGCAGCCAUGCGUUUCUCUACCAUCGCCGCCAGCACCUUCGCUGCUCUCGCCUACGCUCAGGACACAAGCAGCGCCAUGUCAGCCGAGUCUUCUGCCUUGAGCUCUAUCUCGCGCGUCGCUACAUCAGUCAGCUCCGUCAUCAGCUCGGAGUCCAGCCGUGAGGCCAGCCUUUCCUCUGAGCUGAGCUCCGCAACCAACAGCGGCAGCUCUUCGCUCGCAUCUUCCCUCUCUUCCAGGCUUUCAUCGCUCGCCGCCUCCGAUGCUGCCAAGGAGUCCUCUAUUGCUGCUUCACUCAGCAGUGAGGCCGCCACUGCCACUGGAGCCGCGAAAACCUCGCUGCAGAUGCUUGCCUCCUCUGCUGCGGCUGCAGCCACUGGCAGCCACGGAGGUGUUGUUGCCCCAACUGGUACUUCAUCUGCAGGUGCCAUGCAGACUCUCGUCCCAGUCAUCGCUGCUGGAGCUUUUGGACUGCUCGCUGCCGCCCUCUAGGCGCUUACUUCGAUCGACAGCACUGGCAUAACAGGAUUAAACCGGUAGCACGAUGGACAUGGAUGGCAAUUCUUUGUAGUGUACCUGGAACAUGGUGAAUGCAGGCAUCUUCGAUCUCGACCAUACUGAGUGCAAUCCUCCUUUUACUCUUGGCUUGUAUGUUUGGCUUCUUACUGUUCAAGGAACGCGUUGUUCAUGCCAGCAGGUUUUUCUCCU